CAAUAAUUUAGUCAAUGCUUUAAUCAAUAGGUGUAUCAAUUGAUUGAGUCAUAUAUCAUAUAAUAUUGCAUUGAUUCGUAUGUUUUUAUAAUCAAUUGGGUUUUACCGACUUAAUUAUCACCUAAUUUGAUCCAUUAUAAUGGCUAUCAAUACAAUGGAGGGACCACUUUGUAAGUGGACUAAUGUGAUGAAGGGAUGGCAAUACAGAUGGUUUGUUUUGGAUGACAACGCGGGUCUUCUUAGCUAUUAUACGUCCAAAGAAAAGAUGAUUAAAGGAGACCGAAGAGGAUGUGUUAGACUUAAAGGAGCAGUCAUUGGUAUUGAUGAUGAAGACGACAGUACUUUCACGAUCACAGUCGACGGCAAAAUGUUUCACUUUCAAGCACAUGAUGCUGAAGAACGAAGCCGUUGGGUAACCGCUUUAGAGGACACUAUUUUAAGACAUACCCAUAGAAAGCGUAAUAAGAAGAGCGAUCUAAGCCAAGUGCCGACACUUAAUGAUUUUGAAAGAAAACUUACAGAAACUGACUCUUACUUACAAUUAGUGAUCAAUCAAUGCAAACAAUUGGAUCAAAAGAUUGAUAACACAACUAACGAAUCUGAAAAAGAGAAACUUUUGGUUAUUAAAGCCAAGACAUUGACUCUUUUGGAUGGCAUUAAACAUACCAUUGUUUUGCUUCAAAUCGCUAAGAACACAACACAUCCUGUGAAUGGCUUAUUCACCGAAAGUUCCGCUACAACGACAACAUUGGAUUCAUCAACAAACUCAUCGAUAGCUGAAGAAUUGUCUACAGUUGUGAACAAUAGUAAUGAAAAUCAAUUAAAUACUUCCAAAAGUAGUAAUACUGAUACAGGUAGUGAUAUAACAGUGUCCAACAAUAUAAACCGUCCACAACUCGAACAUAACUUUUCAGUGACAGAUUCAGUACUCAAUUUACAUUUAGUGCCCGAAGUGUCCUACAGUAGCAGUGAUGACGACGACUUCUAUGACGCUGAAGAGAUUUCUCCGAUAUCUGUGAUGACUAAACCAAUAGUCAAAAACGAUAGUCAAGUAAUAGAUAGCUUGAAUAAUAUGAGUUUGCAAUCAAUUAACUCUAAAAAUGAUAAAAACGUCGUUGACUUUGAUUCGAUGUAUGAAAGUGAAGAAGAAGAGUUGGGAAGCAUUGAAGGACACGGAUCUGUUAUAUCGCAUCUGAUAUCUCAGGUCAAGAUUGGUAUGGAUUUGACUAAAGUAGUGUUACCAACAUUUAUAUUGGAGAGGCGUUCACUUUUGGAAAUGUAUGCCGAUUUUUUUGCUCACCCGGAUCUUUUUGUUAGUAUUACAGAUUGUGUGACACCACAAGACCGUAUGAUCCAAGUCCUCAAAUGGUAUUUAUCAGCCUUUCAUGCGGGACGUAAAAGCUCUAUUGCAAAGAAGCCAUAUAAUCCAGUUUUAGGUGAAGUAUUCAAAUGCUAUUGGAAUGUCCCAGAAAUUGAACAAACAAAUAGAAAAGUAGAAGACGGACCCAUUUCUUGGGCUUCGACAUCAAACUUGACAUUCAUUGCUGAACAGGUCUCACAUCAUCCACCGAUUUCUGCAUUUUAUGCCGAACACGUCGAUAAACGGAUUAUGUGUUCCGCUCAUAUUUACACGAAAAGCAAAUUUCUUGGAUUAAGUAUUGGAGUCAAUAAUUUAGGGACCGGUUCUAUAUAUUUGUUAGACAAGGGUGAAGAAUAUGUCUGUACAUUUCCCAGUGCUUACGGUCGAUCCAUUUUGACUGUUCCAUGGGUUGAAUUAGGCGGACCCGUUACCAUCACUUGUCAACAAACAGGAUAUUCUGCUAAUAUAGACUUCUUAACAAAACCCUUCUAUGGCGGAAAAAAACAUAGAAUAAAUGCUGAAGUAUUCAGUCCUCCGCCAACUAAGAAAUCAAUUGUUAACGUUUCGGGUGAAUGGAACGGAUUAAUGACGGCUAAGUGGACUCAAUCGGGAAAAAGCGAAGUGUUUAUCGACACAAAAGCCAUACGUAUUAUCAAAAAACAGGUGAAUCCUAUUGGAGAUCAGGAAUCGUACGAAUCUCGUAAUCUGUGGAAAGAAGUGACAGCAGCUCUCAAACAGCACGACGUGAUCGCCGCCACAAACGCUAAGUUUAAUGUGGAACAGACUCAGAGACAACUCGUCAAAGAGCGACAGGAAAAGAGCACUAAAUGGGAAAAUAGGGUCUUCCAUAGUUUGGGUGAUAAUUGGAAUUAUAACAAUCCAUUGACUGCACGGAAAUAAUACUAAAGCUAAUUAAAAACAAUUUUAGAAAUAAUAUUUAAUUUAUAAAAUAUAAUGAAAAUUGAAACAAUUAUGAAAACAUUAUCAUAAAUGAGUAAUAUCUAUGCAUUAUUAACAUAUAAUAUAUAAUAACUUAAAAGCCCAUUCA